CUGACACUGAGGUAACCUCUUAGGGAGUGACAUAUUUGAAGCAGUCUCGUCUCAAAGUUCGCAAUUCGCAAAGACACCCCGCUUCCGUUAUUACCCGAGUCGUAUUCGCGACAACCACAUAUACUACUCCGUCGCUGCUGAGGAGGAUACACUGUGGACAUCUCGGAAAUCCUUUCUAGGCCGCCAUCCUUCCGUCGACUACACAUACGUCUAAGCUCAAGUACUCUUAUAACGAUGGGCGCCGAGCAUUCUCCCUCGCACCACCAAACAAGUGGUGACGUUGGUGAAGGGGAGGCGAAUGGUGAUGAUGGCCAACUCAGCACCCUCCACCUUAUGAUUCGCGAAGCCAGAUGUAUUUCUACAAUAUCUCUUCCCGUGAUCCUAUCGUACGCUCUGCAGGCGUCGUUCCAGACAGUGUCGAUUUUCAUCGUCGGGCGAGCCGUUCCUCAUCAUCUCUCCACGGCCGCAUUCUCUUACGGUUUCGCCACAGUAAGUGGUUGGCUAGUUGGAGUCGGAGGCUCGACCGCGUUGGAUACCCUUGCUUCAUCGACCUUUACGGGGGGCAAAAGCAAGCACGCCCUUGGUAUUCUCCUCCAACGAGCCACAAUUGUUCUGACCUUGAUGUACAUCCCAAUCGCAGUCCUCUGGUUCUUUUCACGCCCCCUCUCGCAGGACAGUUGUACGUUUUUGCGCCUUCUCAUCCCGGGCGGGUUGGGCUACGUCUAUUUCGAAACCAUCAAGAAAUACCUACAAGCACAAGGCAUCUUUCGACCAGGAACAUACGUUCUGCUAUUUACGGCACCUCUGUCAGCGCUCCUAAACUAUCUGCUCGUCAAUACCGCAGGCUACGGCGUGUUUGCUGCUCCGAUAGCUACCGGCAUCGGUAUCUGGCUGUCGUUCCUGGGAUUGGUUGCCUACAUCAAGUUUGUCGACGCCGCCGAGUGCUGGGGAGGAUGGGACUCACGUUGUCUGCAGAGGAUGGGUACCUUUGCCUACCUUGCAAUCUUGGGAAUCUUGCAUGUUGGCACCGAGUGGUGGGCGUUUGAAAUCGUCACCAUCAUCGCGGGCCAGCUUGGGACCAAGGACCUGGCGGCCCAAAGUGCCAUAAUGACUCUCGAUGCGGCAUUGGCUACGUUGCCGUUUGGCAUCGGAGUCGCUACCAGCACCUGGGUCGGCAACCUGCUCGGCCUGCGAGAUCCCAGAUCAGCUGCAAGCUCAGCACAUUCGGCCGCCAUUUUCAGUGUCCUCGUUGGAGCUGUUGUUGGUCUUUUGAUGAUUCUUUUCAAGACCCAAACCGCACGUCUCUUCUCGCCUGACCCGGAAGUUAUCCAACGUACCACCAAAGUCCUCCCGCUUCUUGCACUAUAUCAGAUCGCUGAUGGCCUCAAUGCCAGUUGCGGCGGCGCACUCAGAGGUAUAGGCAGGCAACACGUCGGCGCUGCGGUUAACGUAAUUACCUAUUACUGCCUGGCACUUCCGCUGGGAGCCUGGUUAGCUUGGCAUGGCUGGGGAGUUCAGGGUCUAUGGAUCGGCCAGUGUGGCGCCUUGAUCUUGAUAGGUUUCGCUGAGUGGGUUAUUGUUGGCAUCACGAACUGGGACCUUCAAGUCGAACGUGCGUUUGUAAGAAUGGACUGA